CAGAUCGAGCAGGGCAGGAAGUGAAAAAGUAAAAGCCAUAGAUCAUCCAGUCAAUUUUCAAAAUAAAACACAAUACUCAGCUCAUGUAACUUCACAUCAACAUUAUUACGUCAUGACCGGUGGCACCAGGUCAGCAGUCAAUCAAUCAGAGGGUCGGCAACAUGGACGACGAGAGACUCAUUGUCAAAGUUCAGCAACAUGAAGUCAUUUAUGUACCAAAUCAUCCUUUUUAUAAGGAAAAUGUCAGAAAGGACAAAUCGUGGCAUUUAAUUGCAAUAGUUUUGGGAGUGGAAGGAUUGAAAAAAAGGGACCGCCGCCAGCUGCUAACCUGCCGGACAGGGUUCGGCACGGUACACACAAAACUGAGUGGCCGCUCAUCUUGACCAAAGGUAAGCUACGUUUUUGCUGAUUAGAACGGAAAUCUGGGAUCUGUUCCUGCCCCAUCCUAAAGCAAAGCAGCAGAUGGUGAAAGUAAACGAAGGAAGCCCUCUGAUUGGACGGGCAAGACUGACAAGUAGGCGGGCCUAGGCCGGUCCCGGCCCGCCGGCUACGCCUCUGGUAACCACAACAAGACCGGUAACCACAACAAACCCUGUGAAGCAGAACCCUCACGAAAGCCCCCUCCAAGAAUGCCUGCCCCUCUCCCCAUCUCCUCUCAUUCUGUGUUGGGGUGGCUAGAGGCCAGUGAGUCCGUAUCCCAAAUACUCGUGGUGAACAUGUCGGUCCCUCUCUUUUGGAACCAGUGGUGGGAAUGUGACGCCAUCUGAGAGGCUGGAGAGAUGAGGGGGAGGGGGAGGAAUCGGUGGACAGCGACGACGAUUGAGCAGAGGCUGUCCAGAGGCUUUCGAGCAGGAGCAGUGCUAGAGGGAGUGCCCAGAGGCAGCUGAAACAGCUCCUGAUCCAGCACCGGCACCGGCACCUGUACCUCCAGAUGCACCAGGCACCGGGCCCAGCGCCUGCACCAGUAGCCUGGCCCAGGGAGGCCAUCCCCAAGCUAGGAGAGGAUCACCAACUGUCUGAGUCUGUCCACCCAUCACCAACUGUCUGAGUCUGUCCAACCAAUAACCAAGUGUCGGAGUUUGUCUACCUAGAACUAUAGACCAAACGCGGUGGAGAUGUUGCAGUUGUACGUCUCAGACACUCUGGACUACUUUGACACAGUGACCGACUUCUGUAACGCAAACUCCAGAUGGAUGCUCCAGAGGGAGACAGAGCUGGAGCUGAUGAAGGACAUCAAGGAGAGGGCCAGCCGACUGAACCUUGGAUUCCUCCAGGUGUUCAAAUCUAAAGAAAAACGCAAAGAAUUCGGGGAAUACCUUCGCACCAAGAGUACAGGCAAUAAAAGCGAGGAGCUGGAGAAAGAUCUGGCUACUGUGCUGAAGAACACUCUGGAAGGAGUGGAGAAGCUCACCUGCUUCCUGGAUGCUCUGGAGAAGCUCGCAGUAACUUCUCUGCAGGUGUUCACGGGCGGAGAAGAGGUGAUGAAGCUGUCUUUGGGGUUCAGCCUGGAGAGUUUGGAGGACAUCAUCUUAGCUGCCCGGCUGGUCUGUCCUCGCCUCCUGCACUUCAAGAGAGAUGCUGAGGUCUUCUUCACGCCCAGCCUCCACAACGUGGCCAUCUUUGAGGCUGAGUUGGACAAAUACAUCCGCACCACUGAGAAUAUCUGUAAGACGAUGGAUGCAAGCUUUACUGUCGGCUUCGGGCACAAAAGACGCCGCCAGCCUUUGGUGGAGUUUGCGGAGGAUCUCACGGAGGAGGACCUGCAGAACACCCUGGCCCACGUCAAAGCCCUCUCCAGUCUCAGGAGGGACCAGGACUUCAGACUGGUGUUCUUAUUCCAGGAUAAGUCGGUGUCGGGCUUUGUCAACCAGUUCAGCGAGUGUCUUCCCAGAAUGCUCGAGUUCCUCGAUGAGAUGGAGGGCUGUGCCGUCCAGCUAGACAGGAUGAAGAAGGGCUCUAAGAUCUCCAGGGUGACUGGGAGCUCAGUGGGGGUCCUUGGUGGGGUCAUGACCCUUGCAGGUCUGGCUCUAGCCCCGGUGACAGCUGGGCUGUCUUUGGGUCUGACCGUGGGGGGGGUGGGUCUGGGGAUCACCAGUGGAGUAAACUAUGCAGUCACCACAGUAACGGAGAUAGCGGUCAAUGAAGUACAGAAGAAGAGAGCCAACGGAGGCCUCCAGUGCUUCAUGGAGGAUGUGGAGAGAAUCCAGGCAUGCCUGGAUGAGGUCAUCAACCAGAGGGAAGAGACAUUGGGAAAGGAUCAUUUGGAUAGUGCUAAAGGAGCUGCAGGAGUGGUUUCUGCAGUUAGUGGAAUUGGUUUCAGUGCUCGUUCAAUUCAUAAAGCUAGAUUGGCUGCAAGAAUUCCAGGAAUAGCAGAGCAAGCAGCAAAGGGAACCCGGGCUGUGACCCAGAUGGCUGUUGGUAUUGGGUUGAAUGUCCUUUUCAUUGGUCUGGACAUCUACACCAUCUGCACAGAAAGCAUCAGUUUGUCCAGAGGAGGACAGACUAAAGCCUCCGAGUUCAUCAGAGCCAGGGCUGUCCUUCUGCGCUCAGAAGUGGACUGUUGGACAAGAAUCCAUGACUCUGUGGGUACUGGCAUGAAGCAAUUUGAGAGUAGGGAAAAUGUUCUUCAGAGCUCAUUCAGAAAUCAAUUAUAAUGCUCUCUCUUGCAUUUGUAUUUAAUUGUUGGACCAACAGGGAGAAAUCUCUCAUCCUAAAUCUCAUGAGAUUGACACAUAUUCAGAAACCUUAUAGUAUCUGAAGAAGCAGUGUAUUGUGUGCGCUCUGAUAUCGGUAUAUUCUGUGUUGCAACACAACGCAUGAUGAGUCAGGAGCUGUUGGUUCUUCAGGUUUCUGGUUCUUGGUGCAGUAGAACAUUACAGUACUUGUUUCUCUGCUUGAGUCCAAGGUAGGACAUGUUUGCGUGCAACACAUAUCUUAAAAGUAAACACCCACCUGUCUUUUCUUACCUUAAGUGUGUGUGAUUUUUAACUGUUGUCUUCCCUGAACGACCAUUGAUUAUUGAUACAAUUGCUCUUCAAUUAUGUUACCCUAUUAAUGUACAUUUUGAGUGUGGCAAAAUGAAAGCCAACAAAAUAAUGGAUUUGAUUGCCUCGGUUUCUGUCUGCUUUAGGAAACGCACAAAAAUUAGGUCAAAUAAAGUCUAUAGGCCAUAGACAAAAUGCUGAUGGUUUUUGUACAUAUUUUGUAAUUGUAGGCUUAUAAUAAACAAGCCUUGGUGAUUUAUGGCACACAUAUAAACUUAUUUUUUUACACGUGCAGACAAUAUUAGUAUAUUCAUAGAAAAAUAAAAUUGGAACUCGAUUUUACGUUAAGUAGUAAUCAGUUCUAAUUCGUUUUAAGGAACAGCAUGACCCAAAAUAAAACUAUUCUUGAUUAAGUUUUCUGACGUUCAGUCAAUCAUUGAUUGAGCCUUCAUUGACCUUCGCCGUAGUGCCCCCUAGUGUUCAUCUGGGAACAUCUCGAAAAGAGAGCUAUGGGGAAGAUAAGCGAUUCUCUGUUUAGGCAUAAGGGUUAUAUCGGUCUGACUACAGCACAAUACAUCGAAUCCCUUCGGAGCUUUGAGAUCCGUGACAGCGACUUUUAUGUAUGAAUAAAGACGCAUUGUCACAGAGCUUUAGUCUGAGCUUCCUACUCCAUUUAUUCAACAAACUAACUCACGCAUGCGCGACUCGCAUCAAGAGUGCAAAACCAAUUAGAAUAUGGGAUGUCGUAGACAUGCGUAACAUAACAUUCAUUGUUGCAGCAAUGUCAAACAUAACACCAAGGUGACUCGAACAAAUACAAAAUACUAUGGUAUCUGUCAAAUGGUCCGGGUGGCCGGAGGCAGUGGCGAAGCUAGACCUUUUUGGGGUGGGCUCAAGCCCACCCAAAACUUGCCUUAGCCCACCCAAUCAUUUCGUCCUCAAAUCUAAUAUUCUACCUUUUUUUUUUUUUUUACUCAAGCAAUGAGAGAAUGGAUCCUGUACACUAAUGAACAGACACAACUGGGCUAGUGAAAUCGAGCGCAACCUUCCCGCAGGAAUCUCUACCCUCUGAUUGGUGGGUGGGCGUCUCCUGUUUGACAAAACCAAAAAGGCAGCACGAGCAAACUUAACAUAGUUUCUGCUGUUUUGUCCGUCAAAAAGGCUUGCUAGUCUUUAUCAGAAAAUCCACGAUUUCCAGCUGUGUUAUAACAUGACCAGCUAAUAAUAAUAAUAAUAAUUUUAAAACCUUCACAUAAUCUGUCAGAUGACUAUUAAAUGACAGGUGAGCAGGAGCAUCACUUACAUUAUAAGGCGAUUCCAUCUAUGCCUCCUCUUGAAUUGCUUCAUGUUUUAGUCAGCUUGGGCUUGCAAAGCCGGUAGCAUGAUAAACUUGAUAAGGAGCAAGGAGCAGAAAAGUUGACAUGGGUGCUAAUUUCCAUUUGAAAAAAAAACUCUGGCCUUAUUUUAUCAGCUGCGGGCGUAUUCAUUGCCAUAACAACGUGAGCUAAUCAACAAGUACAACAUUACUUGUUCUAAUACUAUGAGACUCAUGAAAACGCCCUCAGCUUAUAAAAGGUGUGGCGAGCGGCAAACGGGACUUAGUGUCUUAUUUAUUUAUUUUAAUAAGUUACUUAUUUUAUUUUAAAUAAACAUAAUACCAAGGGUCAGAAGUUUUACAAGAAUUUUGAUCGUACAAAGUCAUGACAGAGGGACUUGGUGUCUUUAUUCAUGCUUGAAAGAUGAACAUAUAUAUAUAUAUUUUUUUUGAAAGGGAAUAAGCAGAUGUUAUCUCCGCUAAUUGUAUUAAUCUGAAUCAAUAAAUAUUAGCAGGUUCUCAAUAUUGAGAACCACUGGUCUAGAAGAUGUUGUACUUGUUGAUUAGCUCACGUUGUUAUGGCAAUGAAAACGCCCACAGCUGAUAAAAUAAUGCCAACGGUUUUGUUUUAACUGAAAAUGAGCACCCUUUUUUGCAUCAGAAGUUUUAUAAAAAUGUAUUGAUCCCUGAAAGUGAGACAAUGUAGUUUAUUGCUCCCGAAAUAGUGGUAUGUUUCUCAUAUUAUUAACCUAGUACAUUUUGUACCAAUGUGUUUCAGUGUAAAUAAAAAAA